UAUCGUGAAAAUGACUUUGAUCGAAGUAAAAAUAACAUUGAAAUCAUUGACAAUGAGUUCGAUACAGUUGGAGAAAGUGAUGAUACAAAUACAUUCGAGAUGGUCAAGAAUGAAAAUGAAACCAUGAAAAUAAUUAUUAUUACUCUUGAUUCAGACUAUAAAAAAGAUAAAAAAAAUAUAGCAUAUUUCCUUACUUUAAUAGCUUUCUCUUUAUCAGCCUUGUUAGAAAAUUUGAAAACCAAAGAUUCACCAAUUUUUUGUUUAACCUCUCGGUCAGUCGCCAAAGCCAAUAUCAUAAAUAUACCAAAUGAUAAAAAUCCAAUAUUCAUUAAUGCAAUGAAAAUAAUUUCCCAUAUAAUUGAUGGAAUAAAUAUAUUUUCAAUAUUUAAAUUUGUUCGUUCCAAUAUGCGAAUGAUAAAUGUUAUUAAAAUUAAUAAUAUAUUUAAAUAUAAAACAUGGCGAUAA